AUGCCUCGCACGGCGUUGCCUCCCACGCCGGCCUCCUCCACAGAUAUCGCAGGACAGGAUGGUACCAAGCAGCUGUCACAGCUGCAGAUGUCCUUCGAGCUGCCUCCGCCUGCCAUCAAGUCACGCCCCGCGAGUUCACAACCUGACAAAAUGAACACGCCUGCAUCCCCAGAAUCCCCAGUCUCACCCAAAGCCCCAUUUAGGAUACAGCCUAGUGAGGCUGUCAAGUCGAGGCGGCGGCCGUCCACUGUUGCCGCUGCGAACAAGGAUCCCGACUUCACCCUGCCGCCGCCUCCUACAAGAUCCCGGAAGAUCAUUCAGAUGAAGCCCCGGCCUCACGAGGACAAGAAACUUGCGGAGCCAGCGACGGCAAGCAAGAGCUCGGCCAGCACAUCAGGCCCAAAGAAGAACGCCACUGCGGCGGCCACGAGUGAGAACGGACCGGCAAAGAAGAAGCAGCCAUCUGCCUCUAGUGCUGCUGGUCGGAAGAUUGCAAGGAAGACGGCACACAGCCUCAUCGAGCGGCGGCGGAGGUCCAAGAUGAACGAAGAGUUCGCCGUCUUGAAGGACAUGAUACCAGCUUGUACAGGUGAGAUGCACAAGCUGGCUAUCUUGCAGGCUUCUAUCGAAUACGUCAGGUACUUGCAGGACUGCGUCGAGAAGCUCAAGGCGCAGCAGCAUCUACCAGCCCCCCAGUCCACGCCCGAGAUGGAAGGGAUAUCAACUCCAUCAGGCCGAGAGCAGUACUGCCCAGACCACGAGUACCGCCAAGCCUACUCCGAGGAGCAGCACUCACCAGACGUCGAGAUGACCGGCUCAGAGGACGCCCCAUCGCCGACCUAUACCAACCGCCCGUCGUCAGCCACGACCUCGGCGUCCCACCAGCCCUCCGUCUCCCCGGCGCUGAGGGCCCAGGACCCCUCGGCGGGCCGCCACGACUCCUACGUGUCUAUUUCGACUGCCGCGGCAGAGCACCACAGGCAUUACAGCUACAGCAGCGCCACGACGUCGCCAGCGUUUGGGCCCAUGGCAGGUGGGUACGGCGCGGCGGCAUACGCCCCAAGCAACCAUUCGGCCGUCGGGUCGGCGUUGACGAGCCCCGCACUGGGACCGCUGAGGGAGCGGGACCUGGACCAGGAGGCCAUGGCCGCCCUGCUGAUGCUGAACAACGACCGGCGGGGCACCGUGUCGAGUACGGCCGGGUCAUCAAGCAGCGCUGCUGGGGCCGCCGGUGGCGGUGCUACUGCCAGCUCAGGGAGGGGGAUGAGUGUAAGAGACCUGCUGAGUACUUGA